AUGAAAAGAAAAUCCACCCUCUCUCUCUCUCUCUCUCUCUUUCUCUCUUCCUUCUCUCUCUUCUUUCUCCCUCCCUACCCUUCAAUACAUUUCCUCCAUUUAUCUCUUCUAUCGGACGAUCUUUUUAGCUCUCAGUCAAAUUCUCUUUCUAUUUACAUGAAAAAAGAAAAUAUCCACCUCUCUCUCUCUCUCUCUCUCUCUCUUUCUUUCACGUCCAUUCCUUCUCUCUCUUCUUUCUCCCUUCCUACCCUUCAAACCUUUUAUCUCAUGAAAACCUUUCUAUCGGACGAUCUUUUUAGCUCUCAGUCAGAUUCUCUUUCUAUUUACAUGAAAAGGAGAAAAUCCAAAAGAAAGAAAAGAAAGAAAAUCUCUCUCUUUUAUAACGUCCAUUCCUUCUCUCUCUUCUUUCUCCUUCCUACCCUUCAAUACAUUCCCUCCCUUAUUAUCUCAUGA